AUGCUGGUUGCUAGGAGAUAUUUAAAAGUGGGGCAAUUGGACCAGGAAUUUUUCAGCAAAGUCGCUGCAAAAAAUGUCAGCCUGAAAUUAAUUCUUCUAAGAAGUUGGUGCUGCAUCUGUUUUACGAUAAUAUAGCCAAUCCGUAUUUCAACUCUAUUAAAGUAGUAACACCCCUGUUUUCUUUUUGCUUUGUUUUGCUUUGUUUGCUUUGUUUUGUUUUGUUUUGUUUUUUAAAAAAAGAUGGAUUCAAGUGAUCCAAUAACAUCUUUAGAAAAGAAUUCCAGAGACAUUCCAAAAAUUUUAGUCUGCAUAGUAACCCUUUAGGCAUUUCAAAACUCCUCCUGUAGGUUUAAUGUUUUUAUAGUCAAACGAACUUGUAGCACUUUACUUAGCUUGCGUUCUGGGACCCUCCAUUAAAACGCUCUAUAUAUUAAAUUCACAUUAGAGGGAAAGUUGGAUCGUAAGAUCACAGUUCGGUUUAAGUUGUCAAAUAGACACAAAUGAUAGGGUGACCCUAUAGUGAUACAACUUAUUUUCUUUCUGCAGAUUAUAAAACAACUUCUUUAUGGAAAUUUGCUCCAAGACACGUUGUGAAAUUCUUACAGAAAAACAAUGCAGCAUACAAAAAUCACAGGAAAGCCAUCAUGCAUCACGCCACAGGUUACUUGAAAUUUAUUACUUCUAUUCUUAACAGAGGAAUCUAAGUUAUUAUUAUUACUAUUAAUAUUAUUCAUUUAUAGUUUUAAGGGACCAGUCAUUUUAUUUUUUGCCUGGGCAGGGGAGGCGGAGGAUUUUGGGAUGGAUCACAUGGUUUUCAUGGGGUCCGGUACGGGAAUCAUUCGUCGCCGAUUGAAACAUCGCACAAUGGGGAACAACAGAAAAUUUCCUGCUCAUUAAUUGUCAAUAACGGAAGAUCAUAAGAAUCUUAAAGUCAGCCUUGUGAUGACGAAAUCUGGUAAAAUUUAAUCGUGACACAACAAAAAUCCUCCGAUCCUCCACCCCCCUCCCUCCCCCGACGAUAAAUAACCACUGGUCCCUGAACCUAAAAAAUUAUCUUAUUGUAAAUUUAGAGAUCUUUCGUACAAGGUUUUAAUGUUGGUGACUUUGUAGAUGCGAAAAUAAGAACAAUAAAAAGAAAGAAAACAGUAAUAAGAAGCUUUAGCGCCCAUUACAGGACCUCCACGCUAAAGGACAACACCCACGUGAACAGGGAGAAAUUGACCUUAGCCUCGUGAUUUAACCCUUAAUCUAGGGUGACCGGUAUCUGAUUUCUCCUUUACUUACAACCCCUGAAUCAAACAUUGAGGUCACGAGAAUAAAGGAAAUGAUCAUCAACUAAAGAAGUUCUUGAUUGUAAAACAAAUUCUCCUUGUCAGCACCUAAAGAAAUGUACAGAGAACAAUGAGGAGAAUAUGCAUAUUAAUGAUAGAGUGUAAAGGGUUGUUAAAUCUUUACGCCCCAACUUGUCUCAGAUUAUACAUUGACUCAUACUACUCUGUUCUUUCGCGCCAGAAUUAAACAAGUAAAGAUGUCUAAAUACCUUUUUUAUAAUUGUUUCAACCGGGAAAGAUGGCAAGGGGGUUGAACUUAUUUCAAUUAUGGAAAGUAAGAACCGAAAGUAUAAGGAACCCUAA